UUCGUGAAUGUUUGUUUUGUCUUUCUUCCCAUCCAUCAACAUACGAUAAUCCAUCCAUCCUCUCGCUACUCUCCGAACAUGAGAGGUCUAUAAUCCCUACCAUAGCCCACCUCGCUAUCUUCUCACAGCACACCGACACCGACAAAGAUAUCAACGACAAUUCAUGACGAACAACUCGACGCACUGACCAUCGAAGCCCGUAACCAUGUCCCCUGUACCGCCGCCUCCGGCAGGCACUUUGGUCCCUUCAGACGACUGGACAGAUGACCCAUCAUUUGAUUUCAACACUAAUGCGUCCAAUUUUAUGCUCCCCUUCUCUCCCUCACCAUCGUCAUCCUCCUCCCACCGCUCAUCGCUUUCGCAAUCCCUCACUUCCUCCCCGUUACGCCAGGUCCACACAUCAGGCAAGGCUGGUGGACUAAAGAAACCUGAAGAGGAAGUUGACUCAUUAGACGACGACUUUGAUUUGCCUGCAGGUGAUUUACCUCCCCUGCCCUCGCCACGGAACAAGCCACAUCGACCAAGAUCCAGUGCCGCUUCUUCAUCUUCGUCAAGCAGCCAUAUUACUCGGACAGUUGUAGGUGCCGGUCCCAAAGGCGUAGGAACGAUUACAAAACUCGGAGGGGAAGGAGGAUCGCCAUCUGUUCCGAGCAGCGGGAUAUUAGCAGGAACAGUGAAUGCACGAGCAAGAGCAUUAGAACAGUCUUGGGAGGCGGAUGUUGGUCUGGACGACUUCGAAAAAGCGUUUGGAGAAGAGGAGGAUAGAAGUGCAACUCUCAAACUGAAAGGAGGUCUACACGACUUAGGGGGGAAGAGGUUGUCUUCAUCGAGGAAAGAGUUUGCAGGAGCCGAUGCGUUGGAUGAUUUCAUGGAUUUGGAUGACGAGGACCAGGCUACAUUGAAGGCAGGGGCGACCAUCAAAGCAUUGCUUCCUCCCCCAAGAAAUAGAAAACCAGCCGCCACGCCAUCGCAUGAAUCAGCCACUUUGGAAGACGAGCUCGAAGCAGACUUUGCGUUGCCACUCAAUUUAACGAAUCUUACUCUUGCUACGCAACCUGCAUCCCGUCCCCGGCGCACGGGUCCUCGAGACUCCAUCGCUUCAACCGUGAACAGCGAAUCUUGGGGCUCACCCAGUACGUCUGCAAGUGGGAAAAAAUAUGGGUGGGGGUCAGAGGAUUCGCCGUCUGGAAAGAGAUUUAGUGAAACGAGUGCGACAAGUGUUAGCGAUGGCUUCGCUGAGAAUUACGGCAUGGAAAAGGACGAGCUGAAUGCGGAAGAGGAUUUGGAGGAUGGAUUAGAGUUUGAACCGACGUUCUUCUCCGCUAGCAGAACGAAGGAGCUCAACUCUAUUCUCGACCGCAAGCGAAGGCCUGAAUAUGCUCCCGCCCCUUCUCCUCCCGGCGACAUCAAAAGAGCCGCAGACGAUUCGUUUGAAGAUGGCCUUGUUCUAGAUGAUCCAGGCAUUGAACUCUCGCGUCACCGAUUGCGCGCUCAAAAGAGAGCACGGGAUCGUAAUCCUCCUCUGACACUGCGCAAAGGGCAACCUCAAAAGAGCGUGGUCAAAGAAAGGGAGAAAGCUUGGGAAAAACAACGUGAGCAGGGGUGGGGAAGAAAUACACCUGUUCCACCACCACAUGGCUCAAUCAGGGAAAGAACACAGAGCGGUCUAGGAGGCUUGGGGGCCUUAGGACUGGCACUGAGAAGUCAUUCAAUUUCUACGGUCGUUCGAGAUUCUUCUCGUCCUAGCGAUGUUGGAGUGAGUGGAAGGGAGAAAGAAGCCAUGCGUUCUCGGAGCGGUCACCUACUCAACAUGGGACCUCCACCUGUCCCUGCCUCUUCGACUCCUUCUCAGCCACCCACGCCUUCUGCGUCUCGACUGCGUCACCAAAAAUCCCAUUUCCAUCUUGCCGCCCCACCGCAAUCACCUUCAUUGACCCGAAAACAGUCAUUGGCAAGCUUGCAAGAUGCGAUAGCUCAGAGUGGGUCAGUAUCAAGCAUGGGAUCACAUUUUGAGCAGUUUGGCUUGCCUCCAAUGCCAAGCUUGAAUCACGCCAGUCUUGGUGCAAAGGAUAGGGAUCGGUACCACAGUUCGACUUCAAGAUUGACCAUGCCGACCUCUAGCUCUCGUGCAAAGAUCCGACCUCCUGUCUCAUCAAUCUUCCCUAAGGCAGACUUGCUUACAUCGACCACGCUCACCACUAGUUCAAUCCCCCACCCUUUUCCACCACAUUCAACCAUGUCUCUGAGAAAUCGCAUGCACUCCACUCCUACAUCUAGUCCCUCAACCUCAUCUUCACCCACAUACGCCAUGACGAUGAAUAUGAGCUCCUCGCGGAGGAAACUCUAUGGAGAUGGGUCGGAGUUGGAUGGUAUUGAUGAUCUUAGGGUUGAUGAGGAUUUAAGCAGUUGGACGAUAGGUAAGGGGCAGGGAGGUGGGAGUGUAAGAAAUAUGGCGGGAUUGGGACUGGGCAAACCUUCUAAGAGAGAGCACGAACAUCUCUUACAUAGCCAUGGCCAUACUCAAGGAUAUUUGCAGACUCAGGCAACCGGGCAAAAAGAUAAGCCUCAGGAGGAGAAGAGAAAGAAGUCUGGUGGAACGCAGCUAGCUACGAGAAAGAUCAGAAGGAAGGGAGCCGGGUUGAUCAAGCAUCUUGGCGGAGCAGAUAAAAAAAAGGUGGUCGGAGAAAUGACAUGGAAUCCCACUACAUUACGUUGGGAAGGCAACGAGUCUAUUCUUCGUGACUUUGACACCAUUUCUUCCACCCGUCCCGCACUCAUCACCCACUAUACCGGCUCUUCCGUCGGUGCAGGCGUCUCGUCACCCAUAGCAUCAACGUCUGCGGCCGUUGCACCUCGAAUAGUCGGUGAUAUGCAGUUUGACCCCAUCCAUAUGAAGUGGGUCAGCAUCCUCCCAUCUGACGAAGACGAGCCAGAUCCAUUUGAGGGGAUGGCGGACGACGAAGAUGAAGAGGCUGGUGGGGGCACGAUACGAGCUGGCGCCGGUCGGCGUUUCGUGCCUAUCGGUCCUGGCUCGGGCUCUGUCGCCUCGAGCUCAACAUGGUCGCAGCGCCUGACGAGUGAAUCAUCCAUGUCUAUUGCUGCUAGUUCUGCUUCAUGGGAAGAUAGGACCCGACCGUCUGUCGGUGUCGAGAUAUCGCCGGAGCUAUGGGCAGAGUGCAAAGAAGCGGAAGAGCGGCAUAGGAAGGAAAUGAGAGGGUGGAUCAUGCGACCGCCAAAUGGAAGUAGCGAAAUAAGAGAGAGGCAGAGGAGAGAAGAGAAAAGGUUAUGGGAGAUUAGAAAUUUGGCAAUGAGGAGUUGAAGAUAGGGACAUCUAAUAUUUGCUCAGGGAUAUAUAUUUGCGGGUUCACUGUGGACGUUUUCUUGCUACUGUAUGCAUGGUAAUGAACUG